ACUUGGUGGUUUCUGACCACAACAAGGACGACUCUGGGACCGGCGACACGAGUCCUUACGCGUCUUGCUCCCAUAAUGUCCCUGGAACGUACCAAUGAUAGUGGUACAUUUACAGCGGAGUCCUAUCGACGCAAUGUCCAGACUAUACAAGCAAUGCAGGCCCACCUGGAAUGGAUGAAAGUGGAGAACGAAAGGGCUGAACUAGAAUGCAAGGUCAGGGAGGGUGAAAUGGCUAGGCAACAACUUCUUGAACUGCAGAGCCUAACUGCUGCCACGGUUCCAAGUAAUGUCGGUCAUCCUCAUGCUUCAAACGGUCCUCCAAUCGAUCGGGUUCAGUCCAGCGCAUAUAUCGAGGAAGUUGGAUAUGAUCAUCAGCUCAGUUCGUCCCGGUCCACUCCCGGCCACCAUCAACCAAGCACGCCGUACCACUCGAAUGGACAUGUAAACUAUUCGCCUGCCCCUCAUGCCACUGUACCCAUUGUUGCACAAAACUCUGCAAAUCUGGCUAGUCAUCAUCCGUACACACACCGCCAAACUACAUCUAUCCAUGGACCACCGACAAGCGGACAAGACUUUCGAACCUCCAGUCUGACUAACGCUCUUGGUGGUACCCCGCGUCCUCCCAUUUCGUAUGUCCAGCCUUCAGGGCCCAUUGCCGUUCAGCCAACUUCAGUUGCAGCGCCUGACUUAACACAGUCAAACAAUGUACAGCAGCAUAUCGCAGUGAAGCCGGGACCUUUGAGUACAGUUCGCAGUGAACACCCAGCUGAUUUGACACAGUCCGCUAGCACGAAGCAGCAUCCGGGGACUUUUUUCUCAGAACACAUACUGAACUUGAAUUUCAAUACGACUAUAACUAAAGUUCGGCCGUGGACAGCAGAUACUCUCAUACAGAUGCUGCGUCGAUUCGGAAGAGAGGCGCCGAUAAACACUCAUGUUGACAUUCCAGAACUGAGGCUGCGCGUAGCGAAGUUAGAAAACUCUACCGUUCGUCUAGUGAUGGUCAAUGACCAAGGGCAAUCGAUAGAGGUGAAGGAUUAUUCAGAACUACAGGGCCUGCCUCGGAGACUACUGGCGCGGAUCGAUUCUCUUCCUAUUGGUGCUAAGACAGUUGUCGCUCCUACAAGGAAUAUAAACUCCUCUCCAGACGUAAAUCCCGCUCGGCCAGAUUCCGGUGUCCUGCGGACUAGCUCCCAGUCAUUUGGCGACCCUCUUCUUCCUCCUAAUAAACUUGCUUCCCAGAGCAAUCAGCCCUUACAAAGUCAAGCAGCGUCGAGGCCGUAUGCCGCGUCGCCGGAAGUCUCAGGUAAUGGUAUCCUGCGGAAUGAAUUGGCUGAUGCUGGUGAAAGUAGCCGUUCUGCAUCACCUCCACUAUCCAACACUCUAACUCCUAGGGUAGGCAGCACACUUUCUCGGCCACGCGAUGUCGCAACAUCAUCCUCGUCGUCUGUCCUUGAGGGCCCCAGAACUCCUUCACACGCCAAUAAACAUACAUUAGCUCGAGACGUCCUUCGCGCCCUCGGAGUUCCAGGCAAGCGCGGACGAGAGGGGGAUUCAGAAACUGAAGACGAAAGAGCUACAAAGAAGCGUGCGACUGAUAACAGUUCGACGGUCUCGACAACUAACUCGACGAGCUCCACGCAGGCGCCUAAGGCAACAGUCACAGGAAAACCAGUGACUUUGCCGAACCCAUUGUCCCGCCCUCCCAAAGAGAAAACUUAUCAAUAUGCGCCUUAUGGGUAUUAUCCACAUGUUACAUGGACACAACCUUACAAUCCAACUUCUACACACCCUACGACCAUACAAAAUACCGGUACUCAUGGCGUACAGGAUCAGUCUACAACGGCCGAUAGCAGAAUACAGAACUCCUCGAGUCAGGAAGCGACAUCGCUGCUUCCCGUAGGUGCAAGUAGUACCGGUUCCGAUCAACCUGUGGUCGAAGCGGUGGCAGCGCCUUCGUCUAAUCCGACAUCAACACAAAAUCCUUCACCUACCAACAACGAUACAGUGGCAGACUCCAAUCAUGAAGUUUCACAUACCGCAGGGGCUUCACUGGUCCAAAACUACAAUGCUAUGGCCUCGACGUCACGAUCGCAGAGCCCAAUCGAUGUCCAAGAAGGGGACGCUGGCUCCAGCAAAUUGCCAUUGUUUUUCCGUUCAAGUUCGACUCCACCGGAUGACACUGGUGGAGUAGACGAUGUUGACCAUAAUGGUGCGGAGGACGUUCGCAUUCUCGGUCCUGCAGAGCCUUUAUCCGCAAAGGCUUUCGGGAAAAGAAAAAUACCAUAUGUGCUCAUUCCGCCUCCACCAAAGUGGGUUAAAGAGUUUAAAGCCAGAUUAGAGAGAAGAAGACACGAAGCGAUGUUCGAGGAAGCAGGUGAUGUCGAUGUUGAAGUGGACGGCUUUGAGUCGCCGACACAGCAAGAAAUAGGUUCUCAACAACAUUCGAGAACACCAGCGCUAGAUCCCCAGGAAGAAGCCGCUACUCGGGAAUGCAGCUCUCGACUGCGGGAAUAUCCCUGUAAAUGGAGCGGUUGUGAUAGCCUUUUAAACUGUGCAGACAGGCUAUAUCUACACCUUCAGUACCAUGUCGAGCAAAACAAGGCUGAGAAGUCGUUUCCAUGUCAUUGGCAACACUGUGGGCGAGUCCUUCUGCACAAACAUGAGAUGAUAUCGCAUCUUCAGGCCCAUGCAUUCAUGCCAUUGUAUUGUGCCUAUGAAAAUUGCGAGGAAACCAUAAGCCUCCAGAAACAUCAAAGGGACAAGUUGAGACCCUCGGCUGAUCCGGUUGUGCUUCAAGAGCACAUUGAGCUGCCAGAUGUCCCUAGCGUGGUGCCGUCGUACAUGGCAGUAGCCAGAUCAGUAGCUCAAUAUCCCAUCUCGCCGGAACGACACCAGGUAAUCGGUCUCUGGACACUACAAAAUAUCUUCGGCAAGGUAGACUUGGCGCCGCAAAGGUACAAUCUUGCGAAGCCGUUUCGACCUGGUGAGAUGAGCGCAGUAGAGUUGCGGAACCGACACGAAUACGAUUUCAUCGAGACGAAGCCGCCGUUUUCAUCUUCCCCGUCUAGGUCUGCUAAGUGGGAGAGUGUGAAAGGCCUUACGGACCUCAAUUCCGGCGAAGUCACCAAAAUCUUUAAGGAUAAAGGCAUUGUCCUAUGGGGAAAGGGAGGUGAUGAUGAUCUUGUUGAUGAGACGGCACAGGCAGGGAACGAUGAAGAAGCAGUCAAGGUGUUAUUACAAGUGUAGUAUCGCUUAAUAAUAGAGUUUUGGUACGUAACUGUGCUGCGGUCAUUUUGUCGACAUUCUUGCAGUGAAUACAUCUCCUUUUGAUGGUUGGGAUCAUUUUAAGAA